AUGUCGAAUUCUCGAGUUUUUAAUCCGUUAACUCUUUUCAAAAAGGAUUAUCAACCCAUUCAUUCUGAAGCACCAAACAAUGAAAUUGAACACGAAGAAAAUGAUAGCGAGGCCCUUAUUCGAAAACCCGAACCUCCUCCUCCUAUAGAUCAUUAUAACAUCAUCUAUUUUAUUUGUUUCAUACAAGGAACCUCAAUCCUUUUAGGAUGGAAUGUUUUUAUUACCGCAGACGUUUUCUUCCGCUCCCGAUUCUUUGGUUCCCCCUAUUCCGAUGACUUUCAAAAUUAUUUUUCACUUGCUUACAUGAGCUCAAAUUUACUAUUUCUCUUUCACGCCUUGUACUCUCAACAAACGACAAGCGUAUCUCGCCGACCAAUUGUCGCUCUCGUCAUAUCGACAUCGAAAUUUUUUUUGGUGGCAACUUCCACUCAGUAUACCGAGCUUUUUACUCCUUCCGGAUAUUUUUAUUUCAUCAUUUCAUUGAUAUUUCUCGAUGGAAUUACAACCGCCUAUCUACAAAACGAUAUACUUGGGCUUGUUUCCCGAUUUUCGCCAACUCACAUUCAGGCCGUGAUGAGCGGUUAUGGUAAAGCAUUGUCAUUUUUCCUACACUGUGGCCUGGCGGGUGUGGCUGCUGCACUUGCACAAAUUUUUAGUUCAUUGAAAGAAGAACCGAUGGCCGACAAUACAUUAUCAUCUGAGGACACUUUAGCGAAAAAUGCAUACCUUUACUUUUUUUCUGCUUUCACAAUCUCUCUUAUCGCACUCAUUUCAUACAUUGUCCUUCUUCGAUCUUCUUUCUACCGGCAUUAUGUUCCGAUCAGGAGCACGACUCCAAGACAACCCAUGAUCACCAGGCCUUUACUCGAUACCUUUAAAAAAGUCCGUGUUCUGGCUCUUGCAAUGACCUUUGUCUUUGUUGUAACAUUAGGUAUUUUUCCUUCUAUCACUUCGUCCAUCAAAUCCGUGGUCGACGAGAGAAGCAGAAAAAAAUUUCAGAAAGAUUAUUUGUUCAUACCCUUACAUUUUCUGGUCUAUAACCUUGGGGAUUGGCUUGGGAGGAAUUUGCCAACAAUUGACCUUCUGAUAAUAACCGAUCAAAGGAAGUUGGCCACGUUGUCAAUUGGUCGUUUCGUAUUCAUACCAAUCUUCCUGUUGUGCAACGUGGAUGUUGGCCUCAACGGCCGAAGGAUCUUUCCGUUGUUGAUAGAAAGCGACCUGUUAUAUUUCUUUUUCCUGAGUUUGUUCUCCGUCUCCAGCGGUUAUUUGACUUCAUUGAUAAUGAUGGCUGGUCCUCAGAUAGCCUACUUUACCACCCCUGCCUAUAAUUCGACAGAAAUGGAUAAAAAAGCGCAAACAAAAAGCACUUCCAAGUUAGAGAAGUUGCACGAGUUUGCCAGGAAGGGGGGCAUUGGUACAUGCGUCGCAACUCGGGACACAUUGGCAAACACCCAGGUUGAUUUGAUGUUUUAUACUGGAGAGGUAAUUACCGUUCUGAAGCAUAUUAAAGAUGAUAUUUACCUUGGAUAUUGUGAAGGGGUGAUCGGACGAUUUCGUGGAAGUUCCGUAUCGUUUGAAAACGACCAAUUAAGAACACAGAUUUCCGAAAGAUCUGAUUCCCUUGAUGAACCAACAUCAGAAAAAAAGUUACAUUUAGACUCUCCUACUACCAGUCACUUCCUUAGCCCGUCAGAUGCUGAGCGCGCAAUUCAGAUGAGAUCGAGAUCCUCAUCAAUAUCAUCUAUAGAUUCCGAAAAAAAUACCUCGUCUUCGUCAGCCCCACCAUCACCUGUGCUGACACCCGCAAUUAACAUCACCCCAAGUCCCAUUUAUGAUGACGUUAGUAUCAAUAGCUCGUUCCCAACGUUGUCAAAAGAUUCUAGACAUUUGCAUAAUAAGGAAUUUCAAAAUUCAUCACCAUCAUUUAAUAGUAAUCCCGAUAAAACACAAACAUCACAACGCGAAUCACCUCAAAUUUCAAAUGAUCAAUUGAAAUUAUCAUAUCAAGCACAAAGUGAUUCCCCAUUGUCAUUAAAUAGUCGACCGGCAAUUUCAUCCCAUAGUCAAAACGCCUCCCCUUCGUCAAAAAAUCAGUUAAGACAAAUGUCUUCCCCUUUUCCAUCACAAAACCAAUUUAACCAACCAAUAAGCGCGAAGAGGAACAAUUCUGCGCCACCGUUGAUCAAUGAUGAUUCUACUGAUCCAAGAUUGUUAUCUGGUAACUCCGGAAAAAACUUGACGCGACCAGGGCAAAAUUUCGAACCUCCGAUUUCCAAUGAUCGAAUUCAAUCAAAUGACAUAGAUUCUCAAUCCUUUGGGCACUAUCCCAAUGCCGGAGGUAUUGUUGACUCGCCGACGACUUCACCGAAUUCAUCGCCUCGUGCUAGCAGAAAUCUUGGCGGCAUUCCAACAACGUCAGGUUCUGACCAACAUAAAGUGAAAUCCCAGGCGUCUGGUUUGCCAAGUGGUCCACGUCAGAUCCAUGGUCGACAUCGUUCCGCCUCAAAUGACAUCUCGUCUUCGGCGAGAUCUCUUAAAUACGAAGAAAGUGGUAGACAACGUUCGUCGUCGAGUGCUUCCAGCACCCUCUCAAGGCCUCCGCAUUUACCCACGGGAAAUUCUCAUUCUAAUCCUUCCUCGGCACCUCAUCGUGUUUUUGGUCAGUCCCUGUUAAGCCCAACUCGAGCAGAAUUUCAAAUUGUACCUCCUCGACGUACAACCUCCAUCGGUCUGUCCAGUGAAUCAUCAUCAUCCGCCAACUCACGUCCACAAGUAAAAAUUAACGAUCGAUAUUCACCAUCCACCACACCUUCACCUUCGCCCAUAUCGCAGACUAAAGCGAAUCAAUUUGUUGUUACAAACUCCCCUCUAUCCCAAAAUUAUGGCAAGAACAGUGAUAAUUUUUCUACAAGAAAGUCCGCAGUAUUACAACCAAUUGUUCCUUCGCGCGCCGAUGUAUCGGAUGAUCCAGAAGAUUUCGUACCAUCCACGCCGAUCCUUGUGAUAGAAUCCGUUGAUGAUAGCGAUGUCAACGACAGUGAAUAUUCUAGUUCUGAGGAUGAUGAUGAGGAACAUGUAAAAUCAAAUGACGAAACACGACCACAAUCUAAAAAAGAGAAGGUUUUGACAGUUGAUGAGUAUGGAUUCGUGCAUGAUGUAGACGAAAAAGAAAUCCCUGAGGGUGCUGAUGACAUUCAAAGAAUUGUGAGAGCUCCCGGUUCUUCAAAAAGGGAUUCACGUACCAUUCGUUUGUAUCGGGAACGUGAGACAAAAUGGGUCCAUUAUCUUGCAAACAUGGAUCCCAAGGUGGCGAGGGAGUCUAAAAAGAUCAAGAAAUUGGUCCGUCUCGGUAUUCCAGAGUCAGUUCGUGGAAAGUCUUGGCAGUUUAUCGCUGGCGUUCACAAAUACCGGAAAGCGGGAGUUUACGAGGAAUUGUGUAAGCGAGAGAGGCUCCCCAUAUAUGAUGUGAUAGAAAGAGAUAUCCAUCGGUGUUACCCGGAUCACAUUCAAUUCCGCGAAGAAACCGGCUUUGGACAGGACGAUCUUCAUAGCAUUUUGAAGGCGUAUGCUCACUACAACAAAGUCGUGGGAUAUUGUCAAGGUAUGGGUCGACUGGUGGGAAUGAUGUUGAUGCAAAUGCCCGCUGAGGACACAUUCUGGCUUCUCGUGGCCACCAUCGAGGAAUACAUGGUUGGCUAUUUCACUCCAACAUUGUCACAAGUACGAAUAGACUCCCUCGUGUUUGAGCAACUGCUAUUCGAACAUGACCCUAAAUUGGCACAACAUUUGGCUGAUAGCGAUGUGGUUCCACUGAUGUACAUGACCCAAUGGUUCAUGACAAUAUUCACCAUGACACUGCCAUGGGCAUCGGUACUUCGCGUGUGGGACGUAUUUUAUUUUGAAGGUGUAAAAUUCUUCCAUCGCGUCGGCUUAGCCAUAUUGGAUUGUGCACGUGAUCACAUUCUGAAGAAUUGCCCGUCAUCCCCCGAGAUCCUUGGAUUCCUAUUGCACAUACCGCACGAACUGUUGACACCAGACUUACUCUUAGAGGCGACCUUCAAGAUAAAGUUGAAACGUAGUACCAUCGAAAAGAUGAAAAGAAUAGCCAUCGAAAUUGAAAAUAGUAAUAAUAGCUCAGGUACAGACUCGCCAAAUCCAAUUCACAGCGUUAUUAAAGAUAAGGAGGCGAGAAAGGCGAUGAUGAAGAAAGCCAAGAGUAGCGAUAAAUUAAAGAUCGAUGGAAUUGAAUUUAAGAUGGCCAAUUCCAAGGCAUCUCAUGUAAAGUGUCGAACGAAAGACAUUGGAUCAAGUAUCAACACUUUUUGUGGUUUCCUUCAGUUAUAUUACGUGCUCGAAAGAAUCGAUUUAGUCACUACGUUUAAUCAGAAAUGUCCAUAUAAAUUGCCCGAACGUAUUGCACAAAACCAAAAAUUUUUUGAACAAAGCAAAGAACCAAUCGAGAGCCGAGGAAUUGUUUUGAGAAAGAAGACUGCAUCGGCCUUCAUUUUCUUUAGGUCGAUAACCGAUUUAGGAUUUGCAUAA